UGGCCAGGGAGGCAGCCGCCAGCCCGGCCUGCGCUGGAAGGGGCCGCCGGAGCCGGGGCCGAUACUGCGGGGCAGGGAGGAGCCGGGCGCUAUAAAGGGGCCGCGGUGCCGCUCCGGGGGCUCUUGCCGACGAUGCGAAGCCGGGGCCGGCCCCCGCGUCCGCCCCGCGGCCUCUGAUUCGCCCCCGCCGGGACGCGCCGAGUCCGGGCGGCUUCAGCGGACGCGGGCAUGGCCCCGAGAGCGGUGGCGGCGCUGGCCGUGGCCGUGGUGCUGGCGGCCUGGUGCGGCCGUAGCCGCGGCGAGAUCUGCAGGAGCAUGGACAUCCGCAACAACCUGACCCGGCUGCACAUGCUGGAGAACUGCACCGUGAUCGAGGGCCACCUGCAGAUCCUGCUGAUGUUCAAAACCAAGCCCGAGGACUUCCGCGAGCUCAGCUUCCCCAAGCUGACCAUGAUCACGGACUACCUGCUGCUGUUCCGUGUCUAUGGGCUGGAGAGCCUGAAGGGGCUCUUCCCCAACCUGACUGUGAUCCGGGGCACUCGCCUCUUCUUCAACUACGCCCUGGUCAUCUUCGAGAUGGUUCACCUGAAGGAGGUUGGCCUCUACAACCUGAUGAACAUCACCCGCGGCGCCGUGCGCAUCGAGAAGAACAACGAGCUCUGCUACCUCUCCACCAUCGACUGGUCCAGGAUCUUGGAUUCUGUAGAGGACAACUACAUAGUGGCCAACAAGGAUGACAAGGAGGAGUGUGGAGAUGUGUGUCCAGGUGCUGUGAAGGGGAAGAGCAGCUGUCCCCCCACGGUGAUCAACGGCAUCUUCAUCGAGCGCUGCUGGACGCACGACCGCUGCCAGCGAGUUUGUCCUCCUGCCUGCAAGUCCCAGGGUUGCACCCCGGACGGGCAGUGCUGCCACAGCGAGUGCCUGGGGGACUGCACGGAGCCCAACAACCCUGACAAGUGCAUCGCCUGCCGCAACUUCUACCUGGAGGGGCGCUGCGUGGAGAGCUGCCCCCAAGGCUUCUAUCGCUUCGCCGGCUGGCGCUGCGUCACCUUCGGCUUCUGCCAGGAGCUGCACAACAAGUGCCGGAGCGCCCGGGAGUCAGGCUGCCACGUCAUCCACAACCAGGAGUGUGUCCACGAGUGCCCCUCGGGGUACAUCAUGAACUCCAGCAACCUGCACUGCACGCCCUGUGCUGGGCCCUGCCCCAAGGUUUGUGACUUUGGCAAGGAAAAGACGAUCGAUUCGGUGACGUCGGCGCAGGAGCUCCGCGGCUGCACUGUGGUCAAUGGGAGCUUGGUUAUCAACAUCCGAGGAGGAAAUAACAUAGCAGCUGAGCUGGAAGCAAAUCUUGGCUUGAUAGAGGAAAUCUCAGGUUACCUCAAAAUUCGCCGCUCUUACGCCUUGGUCUCUCUCUCUUUCUUCCGUAAGCUCCAUCUGAUAAGAGGAGAAACGCUGGAGGCUGGGAAUUACUCAUUUUAUGCCUUGGACAACCAGAACCUUCGCCAGCUCUGGGACUGGAGUAAACACAACCUCACGAUUGCCCGAGGCAAGCUCUUCUUCCACUACAACCCCAAGCUGUGCCUGUCAGAAAUCCACAAGAUGGAGGAGAUCUCUGGGACCAAGGGGCGCCAGGAGAGGAACGACAUCGCCCUGAAGACCAACGGGGACCAGGCCUCAUGUGAGAAUGAGCUGCUCAAGUUUUCUUCCAUCAGAACUUCUCAUGACAAGAUCCUGCUGAAAUGGGAGCCCUACUGGCCCCCCGACUUCCGCGACCUCCUGGGCUUUAUGCUCUUCUACAAGGAAGCUCCGUACCAAAAUGUGACAGAGUUUGAUGGGCAGGAUGCUUGUGGGUCAAACAGCUGGACAGUUGUGGAUGUUGACCCACCCCCACGGUCCAAUGAGCCCAAAUCCCAGGCCCAGCCAGGCUGGCUGCUGAGGGGCCUGAAGCCCUGGACGCAGUACGCGGUGUUCGUGAAGACCUUGGUGACCUUCUCGGACGAGCGGCGGACCUACGGCGCCAAGAGCGAGAUCAUCUACGUGCAGACCAGUGCCACGGUUCCUUCAGUCCCAUUGGAUCCCAUAUCUGUCUCCAACUCUUCAUCCCAAAUCAUUCUGAAGUGGAAGCCGCCCUCAGAGCCCAAUGGCAACAUCACUCACUACCUGGUGUUCUGGCAGCAGCAGGCAGAGGACAGUGAGCUCUAUGAGCUGGAUUACUGCUUGAAAGGAUUAAAGCUGCCCUCAAGAACAUGGUCUCCUCCUUUUGAAUCCGAAGACCCUCAGAAGUAUAAUCAAAGUGAAAAUGAAGAAGUCAGUGGAGAAUGUUGCUCCUGCCCCAAAACAGACUCUCAGAUACAGAAGGAGCUGGAGGAGUCUGCGUUCCGCAAGACGUUUGAGAACUACCUGCACAAUGAGGUCUUCAUGCUCAGGCCAUCAAGGAGGCGCAGAGACCUUGGCUCCAUGGCAAAUGCCACUGUGGUGCUCCCCACCAUCACGUCCUCCCCAGAUGGCUCUGCUGCAGCCAAUGAGAGCACAGAGGAGCAGAAGCCCUUUGAGAAGGUGAAGUCCAAGGAGUCUUUGGUUAUCUCAGGCCUGCGGCACUUCACCGGCUACCGCAUCGAGCUGCAUGCCUGCAACCACGACGCACAGGAGUCCCGCUGCAGCGUCGCUGCCUACGUCAGUGCCAGGACCAUGCCUGAAGCUAAGGCUGAUGACAUCGUUGGCCCAGUUACCCAUGAGCUGGUGGAGAAGAACACUGUGCACCUCAAGUGGCAAGAACCACGGGAGCCCAACGGCCUCAUCGUGCUCUACGAGGUGAACUACGGACGGCUGGGGGAGACCGAGGAAGCUCACCUCUGUGUGUCCCGAAAGCACUUCGCCAGCGAGCAGGGCUGCAGGCUGCGGGCACUGCCCCCGGGCAACUACAGCGUCCGUGUCAGAGCCACCUCCCUGGCUGGCAAUGGCUCCUGGACAGAGCCCACCUACUUCUACGUGGCUGACUAUUUGAGUGCUCAGCCCAACAUCGCUGUCAUCAUCGUUCCCAUCAUUUUUGCCAUCAUCAUUGCUGGGAUUAUUGGAGCUGCCUACGUGCUGGUGAAGAAGAGACAAACCGAGGGACCAACUGGACCGCUCUAUGCAUCCUCCAACCCCGAGUACCUCAGUGCCAGCGACGUCUAUGUCCCUGACGAGUGGGAGGUGCCUCGGGACAAGAUCACUCUGCUGCGGGAGCUGGGGCAGGGCUCCUUCGGCAUGGUCUACGAGGGCAUCGCCAAGGAGGUGGUGAAGGGGGAGCCGGAGACGCGCGUGGCGGUGAAGACGGUGAACGAGGCUGCCAGCCUGCGCGAGCGCAUCGAGUUCCUCAACGAGGCCUCCGUCAUGAAGGGCUUCAGCUGCCACCACGUGGUUCGCCUCCUCGGGGUGGUGUCAAAAGGGCAACCAACUCUGGUGGUGAUGGAGCUGAUGGCACACGGAGACCUGAAAAGUUACCUGCGCUCCUUGAGGCCUGAUGCUGAGAAUAACCCCGGGCGGCCGCCCCCCACGCUGAGGGAGAUGAUCCAGAUGGCUGCCGAGAUCGCCGACGGCAUGGCCUACCUGAACGCCAAGAAGUUCGUCCACAGAGACCUUGCUGCUCGCAACUGCAUGGUUGCAGAAGACUUCACUGUGAAAAUUGGAGACUUUGGCAUGACCAGGGACAUCUAUGAGACUGACUACUACCGGAAGGGAGGCAAGGGGCUGCUGCCUGUGCGCUGGAUGGCACCAGAGUCACUCAAGGAUGGCGUCUUCACCGCCUACUCCGACGUCUGGUCAUUUGGUGUUGUCCUCUGGGAGAUCAGCAGUUUGGCAGAACAGCCAUACCAGGGACUGUCCAAUGAGCAGGUGCUAAAGUUUGUCAUGGAUGGAGGAUACCUGGAUCAGCCAGACAACUGCCCAGAGAGGCUGCACAGCCUGAUGCAGAUGUGCUGGCAGUACAACCCCAAGAUGCGUCCCACCUUCAUCGAGAUCAUCGAGAUGCUGAAGGAGGACCUGCACCCCAGCUUCCACGAGGUCUCCUUCUUCUACAGCGAGGAGAACAAACCUCUGGAAACAGAGGAGUAUGAGAUGGACUUUGAGAACAUGGAGAGCAUUCCCCUCGACCCCUCCUCGUACUCACAGAGGGACAAAGCCCUGGGGAGGGACAAUGGCCCUUCCAUGGCCCUCAAGGGGAACUACGAGGAGCACAUCCCCUACACUCACAUGAACGGUGGCAAGAAGAACGGGCGGAUCCUCUCCAUGCCCAGGUCCAGUCCUUCCUAACACUUCCUGUGGGGCCCCAGGGUGGUGUCUGCAUCCUUCCCCUCCACAGAUCUCAGGACUCCGGUUCUUGCUGCCACAGUGUGAGACACAUCUACAGACUCUGCAGUUUUGAUCAUCUGGUGAUGAAUCUUUGUUGUUUUUGCCAAGCUGACUGCUUGUCAGUGGACUUAUCUGUGAACGUAAAUGGAAGAGAUUUCCAUGGCUGCUGCCUGCCUGUAACCAAGCUUCAAAACAGGAAGCGACCAAGCGCUGGGGCGGAGGAGGAGCCAGCAGUGAGCUGUGCUGCUGCCUGAGCUAGGGCUGGAGCAGACCCCCUGAGGGACAGGAGCGUUCCCGGUGGAAUUUUGAGGCAGUUGCAGGCACUCUUCACUACAGCUGAAGUGUUCAGCACAGCAGCCGGAUGCAUCAGGCCCUCAGACUGACCAACAGCUGCUGCUCUCCUGCUUCUCAAGGGGUGGGAGCCUGGGGUGCAGUGGGUGGGGGGUGUGCAGCACCCUGGGCACCCCACCUCUGUCCAGAGGUUUCUAUGUUCUCACAGAAGCUUUCCUCUUCUCAGAAAUGUGUACUCAGCUUCUUUUCUCCAUUUCCCCAGAGGGACUGAAUCCUGAGCAGGUUAUUUGCAUACCAAGAACUCUUGGGAGCAGGUUUUCUCUCAUUAAGAAAUGAGGAGAAUGUGCUGGGGGCCGAAGGAGCAGGGAGCUGAGAGUCGUGGGUGCUUUCAAGACCAAACCAAGCAGGAGUCCCCUGAGCUGCGACAGGCAGCCCUCUGUCCUGGCAGCACUGGGUAGAU